AUGGCGGAUCAAUUCGCGCGUAUGCCGCUCGAUCUCGUGAACGUCAUACUUGACAAGUUUAAGAACAAGAGCCCUAAGGACUACCGGCGGCACGCGAAGUGGGUGUGCAGCAGUUUCUUACAGCACUUUAGGGCGAAUGCAAAGAGCCUCUGCCUGGUGGAUCCUGAGAGGUGCCUGAGCAAGCAGAACGGGAGCUUCUCCUUCUGCGAUGAGUACAAGUCGCUGGAGGUGCUCAAGAUUCAUACGUCUCUCUUGAAUGUAGUGAAAUCAGCUGGCUUGUGCAGGGUCGUCUGGAAGGAAUUGAUGAUCGUGCAUGACGACAUCUGGCAGGACGAGAUCGCCUUGGCAGACGCCCUGUUGUUGGUGGGCAAGAACGGGCAGUCUCUGCGCGCGCUCGGCUUCGAGGUGGGCGCUACGUCGUGCGGAUCCGACGCUGCCCCGGAUCUCUGGAAGGGGAUUGAGCUUUUCUUGGCUGAGCUCGGCGAGGGGCCCGUGAACUUGUUCGUGAAGAACAGUGUUCCUAUGUUCUCAAUGGAGAGCAUUCGAGGAGGGGAGUCCGUUCGGUAUCUCAAGCUCGACAUGGUCUGCGAGGCUUAUUCGAUAGUGCAGCCAUUUGUGUUCCCGAACCUCACUGAGCUCGUUAUCGUGGACAGAGAUUCGCCCGAUCAGAUGAUCGGCGAGGAAGGGCUUUACCAGGUGUUGCAGGAGACGACGGUCGAAGGGGAGACUUUUGGGGAGCCGUGGCCGAUAAUGGGGAACCUGGAGCGGCUGUCGGUCUUUGGGCACAAUCACAGUUAUCGCAGCGACGCGGACUUGUUCAUUGACACCUUUCGCAGCAUCGCCUGCCAGGCGCCCUAUUUGAAAUAUGCGAGCUUGUCUGGAAUGAUCCACGUGGGCACGGUCGAAGACAGUGGCCUGGACGAGAUCGUGGAGUGCCUGUGCAGUCUGAAGGAGCUCAAGGUUCUGGACUUGGGCUUGGAGGGCGGCGGAGAUAUCGGCGGUGUCGAGCUGGCGACCCUGGCGCCGCUGCUGGAGAAGGAGAGCCUGAGCACCUUGAUUUUGAGCGGCCUGAAUGGGGAUCAAGCAGAGUUCCUGCGGGCGAUCAAGCGGGACGAUCUGUCUCGACACGUGGCGCCGGCGAGCGGUUUCGCCAGAGGCGAAAACGGAUACAGAGGGAGCGGAAAAGCGACAGUGGAAUAG